CUUUUGAAAAAAACACCAGCCAUUGGCGAAAAAGGUUUUAGCCACUGAAAACCAACAUUCUUCCUCCCACAAAAUCUUCAUUCUUCGACUCUCCGCAAAUCUCUUCUCAUUUCCCACCGUUACUAAUCCCCUCUCCUCUCUCUUCCCUCCCUCUCUUCGUGUCUCUCAAACCCUAACGUGGCAAUUAGGGUUUUGUUUCUCGAUCUGUUAACCGUUUUCGCCGUAGAAACGUGGAGAUUUCUACUCCUUUUGAGUGCUCGAGGUAAAAGGAUGAAUAAUAAUGACAAAGGAGAAAAGACUUGUCCUCUAUGUGCUGAGGAGAUGGACUUGACUGACCAGCAUCUCAACCCUUGCCAAUGUGGUUACCAGAUAUGUGUUUGGUGUUGGCAUCAGAUUAUAGAGAUGGCUGAGAAAGAUAAGACAGAGGGACGCUGUCCUGCAUGUCGAACUCCGUAUGAUAAGGAAAAGAUUGUUGGAAUGACUGCUAGCUGUGAAAGUUUGGUUGCUGAACUUAACAAUGACCGGAAAAAAUCACACAAGGCCGCCAAGCCUAAAGCUGCUUCUGAGGGAAGGAAAGAUCUAACUGGUGUGAGAGUCAUUCAGAGAAACUUGGUUUACGUUAUGAGCUUGCCUUUCGAUCUGGCAGAUGAAGAUCAGCGUUUUCAGAGGAGAGAGUACUUUGGUCAAUAUGGGAAAGUGGUGAAGGUAGCAAUGUCUCGAACGCAAGCAGGGGAUAUCCAACUAUUUCCGAACGAUUCCUGCAGUGUAUAUAUUACUUACUCCAAAGAGGAGGAAGCUAUUCGAUGUAUCCGAUCAGUGCAUCAGUUUGCUUUGGAUGGUAGAAUCCUCAAGGCAUGUUUUGGGACCAUGAAGUACUGUCAUGCGUGGUUAAGAAACAUGCCUUGUAACAAUGCAGAAUGCCUUUACUUGCAUGAGAUCGGCGCCCCAGAGGAUAGUUUCACAAAAGAUGAAACCGUAUCAGUGCACAUGAAGGAAAUUAUUAAAGAAAUUACUGGUGCGGUGGCUAAUUUUCCGCGGCGUUCAGGAUAUAUGUUACCUCCACCAGUGGAUGAUUUUGUUGAUAGACACAUUCCAAAAUGUGUUCCGAAUAAUCCACAGAGUGUGGCUAAAACUUCUCGCCCAAAUAGUAGCAACGGCCGAUCUGUUACUCUUCCUGCUGGAGCCUUAUGGGGAAUGCAUGCUUCAAGCCAGUCUUCGGUACCGAACACACCAUCCUCUGGGGAAUCCUUAAGAGAUAAAGCAGCCGCAGAUGAUAACAAUACUCCAUAUGGCAAUGCCUUGAAACUGCCAGAACCAUUGAAUAGCCAGACUGAUUUUCCAGAGCUUUCUUUGGUUAAUAGGCCCCAGACCAGUAAUAGUAAGGCACUAGUUUCUGCAAAUGUGGAUAAUACUAUACAGAGUGUCUGCAGCGAGGCUGUGUCAGUGGAUGCAGAUAGUGUUGUGGAUGGCUAUGGGGGGCUAAGAAGGUCUGACAGUUCAGAUGUUGAUCAAGCUUCGUCUCAUACAGAAGUGUCCCGAGACUCUCUACAGCAUUUCGUCGAUGAAAAUAGAGAAGUGCGGCCAUUAAAGAAGACUAAUGAAGUGGUUGUUGUCCCCAGAGAAGAAGUUAAUACAUGCAGUGCUUUGAGGUCUCCAUUGGUAACAGAUAUAUCAUCUUUCAUUAGAGAAAGACUCAAGGAUCCUGAAGUUUUUAGCUGUCAGCCCAAUAAAUCUGGUUUCCUACGCACUAUGCAGCCUUCUUCAUCCCAUCAUGAUGAAACCAGGAGUCUGUUUGGAUCCUCCUCGGCUGAAAUCAGAGGAAUUAAUAUAGUUGACUCACAUGGAAACUCUAGGAGUGAAAUAGAUGACAGGAUUGCAAAUAUAUUGUCGUUAGAUCUUGAUGAAUACUUGACAUCAACUCACAACUUGUCGAAGCAACAACUAGGGGGAGUUGACUUAGAGGCCAGGUCUCGGAAGCUAGCAACUUCCUGCGAAGUUAAGAACAAUCAAUCCCGGUUUUCUUUUGCAAGGCAAGAUGAAUCAAAGGAUCAAGCUUUUGGAUCUUAUAACGUCUUCAACCAUGGCAGUGACUUGUACAAGACUUCUUCAGAACAACAGAGUUCUGAUUUGGAUAUGAUUGGGAUGUAUAAUGGUAUUUCAUCAAGUUAUCUCAAAGAAAUGGAUCAUGUCACGCAGAACUCAGCUUUGCCCUCGUCUUAUAAACCUCCUUCUGUUCCAAGAUGUCCGGUUACAGCGCCACCUGGAUUUUCAGUUGCAAGUCGACCUCCUCCUCCUCCAGGCUUUGCGUCAAAUGGGAGAGAACAACAGACAUUUAAUGGCUUUUCAGGAAACCAUCGUUAUUCUGAUUCACCAGUGUACAUAAACUCAUAUCAUCAGUCACCUCCAACGGAAAACAAUGGUGGUGUCAGAGAUGUUCAGUUUAUGGAUCCUGCGAUUAUGGCUGUUGGUCAGGGCUUUGAGAAUCCAAGCCUAGAUUACCGAUCAAACUUUCAAGGAAACACAAACUUGUUUGCAAAGGAGGCAAAGUUUCAACAGCAACAUGCAGUGCAGAGCCCUUUGUCUUCGAAUCAAAACUGUAGACUCACUGACUCUUUGGGAAUGGUGGCAUCAAGGUUUAUAGAUCAAUCUCAAGGGAGUAGUAGCAUACUAUCUAGGAACAUGGGCUUGCCUAAUGGCCAGUGGGAUGGGUUGAGCAACGAGAUCCAAAGUCUAAACAGGCUCCAGAAUGAGAGAUUUACUGGGUCAACAAACCGGAUGAUGAAUGGUUACAAUGGGACUUUCAGGAUUUAGAACACCACAUGUCAGAAUCAGUCAGUGAGCCAUCACUAGUCUUGUGUCUUAGCUUCUGGUUACUUAGAAACUGAGCCAAAAGAGUGGUGGUUGUAAAAAAAAGCUUUAGGAAUUUUUAUUGGUUUAUUAUGCAUUUCAUUAUUAACAUUUUCUUUGGUUUUUAAAGAUGUCAAAUAUGAUUUUCAA